AUGAAUCUUUUUGAAGUUCAUUGGGAAGAUGAUGGGGCUGGAGGUGAAGAAGCUGUUGUCACUGAAAUCAUUACGAUUCUUACACCAAGGGGUCGAUACAAUGUUGAACUUCACCUUUCCUUUUUAAGGCUUGAAGGGCAAGCCACUGAUUUCAAAAUUCAAUACAACAGCCUAGUCCAUGUUUUUGUCUUGCCUAAGUCUAACCAACCUCACACGUUUGUGGUUGUCACUCUGGACCCUCCUAUCUGUAAAGGUCAAACAAUGUACCCAUAUAUUGUAAUGCAGUUUGAAACUGAUUAUAUGGUCGAGAGCUCUUUGAUGAUGAAUGAAAACUUGUAUUCUACAAAAUACAAAGACAAAUUAGAAUCAUCAUAUAAGAAAAUUUUCCUAGAAAGAAAAACUUGAAGCAUAUAAAGAGAUGAUGGGGGAUGAAGCAGAAAGUGGGGUAUGUGGCACAUCUCUCUCUCUCUCUCUCAUUAUUAUUAUUUUGGUAAGAGUGGAAUGCAAAGCCAGAAUGGGCAUGAAUGGUGGAAAGGAAGGAAUGGAAUGCAAAGCCAGAAUGGGCAUGAAUGGUAGAAUGGGUGGGCAUGAAUGGUGGAAAGGAAGGAAUGGGGGAUGUGAGACAUCAAGUACGGUUGUUUAUUAGUGUAUUAGAUGUAUAUAUAUGGCGUAUUAGAUGAUUGUAUGUGAUGGUUCUAGAAAGUAGAUAGGAUACAUAUAGAGUACGGUUAAAUAGCUGUACUCUAUUAGGCAUGUAAUCUAAUACACCCCUCUACUAAUACGCCCUCUAUGUACGUACUAUAUUCAUAAUUUCAACCGUAUUACAUUAA